AUGUCCUAUGGAAAUCGAGAAGUGGAAGGUUCACAAACCAUUUGUCUGCAAGAAAGUACACCUGUGUUGACUCUCCGAGCAACUUCCAAUUCUCGAGAUGAUAAUGCUGAUAAUGAUAAAAAUAAGGAAAAAGAUCACAAUAAUGUUCGAUGGAAACAAGAUGUUAUAGAUAAUGAGCAUAUGAAUAAGAAGAAAACGAAGAUUUGUUGUAUAUACCAUCCACAAGAGAGUGACGAGGAACAGGAAGAAAACACUGAAUCAGAUGGUCAUCUUCAUCUUCAUCGUCACAAAGAUGACAAAGAACCUUCUGAUUCAGACUCUAGUUCUAGUUCUGAAAGUGAUAAUGAUAAAGGUUUGAAUAAAGAGGAAAGACGUCAAAGACGAAUAAUAAGGCGUCGUGAAAAAUUAAAUAACGAAACUGAGUAUAAGACUAAUGCAUAUGAAUAUCAACCGAAAUACCCAAAUAAAUCAUCAUUAAAAAAGUAG